AUGCCUUUAUACGAGAUUGCCCAUACGGUUUCCUUGACCGAUGACCAAAAAGACUCGCUCGCGGCAGCAAUCACAGAGUUGCAUAGCUCGAAGUUUACAGUACCUCGGAUGUUCAUAAAUGUGAUAUUCACCAAUAUUUCCAACGUGCCUACAUACACUGGUGGAAAACGGACGACUGCAUCAAACCGGAUUGUUGCUAGGGUUCGACGUGGGUCUCGCUCUCGAGAGGACUUCAACUCACUCUGCAGUGAAAUACGAACAGCAUGGGCCCGCAUUGUUCACCCUGCAUGCAGCGCGGACCAGCUACCACCUGCUGAGCUGGAGCUGCGGGCUAUAUUCAUCACCGGCGAGCUACUUGCCGGGAUGAAGUGUGAGUUCCAUGUCCCAAUGGCUGGGGCGGAGCUUGAGUGGGCCAAAGAGCAUUACACCGAGUUUCAGACAAGAGCGGCGCAAGGGGACGAGGACUUCGUUGGUCUAGUUGGGGAAAUAGACCAAUGGCUUCACAAAUAG